CGAGUUAUUCAUUCAUUGAGCACCAAAUUCGAUAGUUUGCAUUUCUGGUGCGAUUCCACUAUAGUUUUGUCCUGGAUCGCAGGAAGUCCCAAGCAAUGGUCAACUUUUAUCGCCAACCGCACUGCAGAGAUACAAAGGUUAACGGAGGGAGGAGAAUGGCAUCAUAUUCGUUCCGAACUUAAUCCUGCAGACGUAAUCUCCCGAGGAGUAGACCCCGACGAAAUUCAAAACUCCAUGCUUUGGUGGACUGGUCCCAAGUUCUUGCAAGAAGAGUACGAAGUGGUAUCAAAAAAUGCUCCACGUCUGCUCCGACCCGAAGAAUUACCCGAGGUGAAGCGCACCACCAUCGUUCUAUCGGUCUCGACAGAAGAAAAAUUAAACAUCAUCGACAAAUUCUCUUCAUUGAACCGACUCAAACGGGUAUUCGCCUAUUGUCUUCGCUUUUCACACAAUGCAAGAAAGGGAAGGAAGGAUCGCGAGGCUAGAAUACAAGGACCAUUGCGAGUGGAAGAACUCCAAUAUAGCAUGCAAGUCAUUCUCAGAUUAACACAAGGAGAAGCCUUUGCCGAGGAAAUCAAACUGCUCUCCCAAGGAAGAGAAAUAUCACGCAAAAGUAAGAUACUCUCUCUUCGUCCAUUUUUGGACACCAACGCUCUUCUACGCGUAGGAGGAAGACUACAAGAAGCUCCUCUGGAUUAUGAUCAAAGGCACCCUAUAAUCCUGCCGAAGGAUCGUCAUCUCACGAAACUAAUCGUUAAGGAAGAUCAUCUAAAAAAUUUGCAUGCAGGAACACAAACUCUAUUAGCAAUAAUACGUACACGGUAUUGGCCCAUAUCGGGAAAGGGCACUAUAAAGAGAAUUCUCCAUAAAUGUCUCACUUGCUAUUGUUUCAGUGCAUUACCACUCAAGCAAUUAAUGGGAAGCCUACCUGCUUCACGAAUCACACCCUUGCCUCCUUUCGCCAAAACCGGAGUUGACUACGCGGGUCCAUUUACUAUUAGAAUAAGUCGCAAUAAAACAGAUAAGGCAUACUUAUGCAUCUUCGUAUGCUUCGUGACUAAAGCCGUACAUUUAGAGAUCGUUUCUGAUCUCAGCACAGUAGCCUUCUUAAAUGCGCUGAAAAGGUUUAUAGGUAGGCGCGGCAAACCAAUUAGCAUCCACUCCGACAAUGGAACGAAUUUUGUGGGAGCCAAUAACUCACUGAAGGAGAUGUACAGCCUGGUCAAAUCCAGUAAUGUAGAGAUUUACGAUUAUUUGUCAGAGCACGCAAUUAAAUGGAAUUUCAUUCCCCCACAAUCGCCCCACAUGGGUGGCUUAUGGGAGUCGGCAGUUAAAUCUUGCAAGGAUCAUCUGACAAAGGUUAUUGGUUCAACUUCUUUGACUUUUGAGGAACUAACCACUGUUGUUGUCCAAGUGGAGGCAAUAUUAAACUCAAGGCCGCUGACGCCCAUGUCAACAGACCCUGCUGAUUUUAACGCAUUGACUCCCGGCCAUUUUAUAAUCGGGCGUCCGCUCGUUUCCAUACUAGAGCCUGAUCUUGCCGACGUCAAGGUUAAUCGUCUUAAACGAUAUCAGGUCUUAGAGCAAAUAAGGCAAAGUUUUUGGAGGCGAUGGUCAGUCGAGUAUUUGACGCAACUCCAACAGAGAGUCAAAUGGAAGGAGGUUGAAAACACGAUAAAGAAAGAUACCAUGGUUAUCUUACGAGACCCUAAUGUCCCGCCAAUGCGCUGGCGGCUUGCCAGAGUAAUUAACGUCCAUCCAGGUAAAGAUGGCCUAGUUAGGGUUGUGGACGUCAAAACAAGUGCGGGUGUAUUUCAGAGAUCUUUGUCUAAAAUUUGCGUUUUACCAAUAGAAGUUUGA